UGUACACCGACACGCGUUUUAUGUUUAUCACCUUGCACAGCAUACCAAUUAGACCAAAAACAGUUCUGCAUUAUAAUACUGUUUACAGAAAAGGAUUCCCGCAGAUUGUUAUUUUCCCUCAAUAUAUUGCUCUUUCGUAUACAGUGAGGAUCGCAAUAACGUAAAAACGUGAUAAGAUGGAGCGUUGGCGAGGUCGUACAGCAGUCGUUACCGGUGCGUCAACAGGUAUUGGACAUGCAGUUGCCGAUGCACUGGCUCAUCACGGAGUGAAGGUGGUCGGAUGCGCGGAUCUGAAUAUUUCCAAUAUCGAGGAACUAGCGAAGAAAUACGAGCAAGGGCCCGGUAGCGUGGAAGCGAUCGAAUGUGAUCUCACUAAACCGGAACAAAUCACCGCCAUGUUCCUGCAUAUUGAGAAGCAAUACGGACACGUUGACAUUCUCGUGAAUAACGCCGGCUUAACGCAUAUGGAUACGCUGUUAACUGGACGAACGGAGAAGUGGCGGGAAAUUUUUGAGGUUAAUGUUCUGGGAUUGUGUAUAUGCGCUAGGGAAGCGCUGAGGCUAAUGCAGAAAUCUGGAGUUACCGAUGGGAACGUGAUCAACAUUAGCAGCAUUGGCGGCCAUACUCACAUAGACUUUCCCGAAGGGCACUUCUACUCCGGGACCAAACAUAUGGUGACCGCUCUAACGGAAGCACUGCAUCGCGAAGUGCGCGCCAUGGAACCGAAGAACAACAUUCGCAUAACGGAUAUCAGUCCUGGUAUCGUGAUUACGGAAAUCGGGACCAGGGCGAUGAGCCAGGCUGUCCUCCCGAUGCAGCCCUCCAACGCUCUGGCCAAUGACUACCAGAAGCUCGACGCCAGUGAUAUCGCUGACAGUGUAUUGUUUGUUUUAGCGGCACCGCAGCAUGUUAAUGUAAAAACUCUUAUUGUGUGCCCAACCCAAAUGCCACAGUUGUAUUAUAAACCACUCGACCGUUUUAUAAUGGAACGUUGGCAAGGUCGCACCGCACUGGUCACGGGUGCUUCGUCCGGAAUUGGCUACGCCAUCGCCGAGGCGUUAGCGCAGAAAGGAAUGAAAGUCAUCGGUUGCGCCAGGAAUAUCGCAAAAAUUCAGGAACUGGCCAAAAAAUAUAAAGAUGGACCCGGGAGCCUGGAAGCCAUCCAAUGUGACAUCAGCAAACCGGAGCAGAUCACGGCGAUGUUUGAGCAGAUUGCCAAGCAGCACGGGCAUGUUGAUGUUCUCGUUAAUAAUGCUGGCUUGAGCCAUGCGGAUACGUUGAUGGCGGGUCGGACUGAAAAGUGGCGCGAAGUCUUCGAGGUUAAUGUCCUUGGACUGUGUAUCUGCGCAAGGGAAGCGUUGAAGCUCAUGCAAAAGGACGGGAUCAUGGACGGCAAUGUUAUCAAUAUUAACAGCCAAUCCGGACACGCAGAAUUCCACUUUCCGGAAGCGCAUUUUUACGCCGGGACCAAACGUAUGGUCACUUCGCUUACGGAGUCGCUGCAUCGUGAGAUUCGCGCCAUGGAACCCAAAAACAACAUCCGCGUAACGGAUAUAAGUCCCGGAAUUGUCGUCACGGAGAUUGGGGAAAGAUCGGCCAGCCACGCGGAUCAUGCAGUGCAACCACCCACUGCUUUUACCGCCCAGUACCAGAAGUUAAAUUCCAGCGACAUUGCCGACAGUGUGGUGUACGUGUUGUCUGCGCCACAGCAUGUUAAUGUCAAAACUCUCAUUAUUUGCCCCACACAGCAGCCAGAAUUGUAGGCCUGCUCCUACACCAUCUGUAAUUACAGAUAAUAAUUCCCAAUUUAUGCGUAUUUUUUUUAAAAUGGCGUUUGAUGUACCUAUGCAGGUACAUUGUGUUUUCCGCUUAAGGUGGAAGCAUUUGGUUUUUUUUGAAAUUGGGCACAGUAGAAACUCAGCGCGAAUGUUGAAAAAUCGGUAACGUCUUGCGAACUAAACUACUAUAUGUCA